GUGGUAGACGAGCAGCAACAGAAGGAGGCUCAGAAACGCGCGGUCAACAGUGUGAACGUGUGGAGAGACUGACGACCUUUAACAGCGCACAUUUCAACCAUUUCUCUUUUUCGUUUAGUGAUUAUUUUUCACCAGCAAAGCGGAAUGUUUCCAGUGUGUGUGACAGCUUUCCUGUGCGUUGCGUUGUGUGCUGGUGCUGCCCCGACUGCCAACACUAACGUCACUAAGAGACCGAGGACCUUCAUACAUUUUGACAACUCAGUCACAGAUGAACCAAUAGACUAUGUUGAUGAAGAUGGCAAAUUAAAUCAUUCUUCAGGUGGUCAGGCACCUAACAGAACAAUUCCCAGAGGAGGACUUUCAGACCACGCACUGAUGUUUCUAACCGGCCCCGUGUCCACCAUCCUUUUACCUUCCUUCUACACACUGGUCUGCUCCAUCAGCGUGCCCAUUAACGUCUGUGCUCUGCUGGCCUUUGCUCGGGGGAUCCGUCCUAAGAAGCCAGCAGCAAUCUACAUGCUGAACCUGGCCUUUGCCGAUCUGCUCUUUGCACUGAUGCUCCCCUUCAAGAUCUCCUACCACUUUGAAGGCAACAACUGGAAAUUUGGCUCGGUCAUGUGCCGUGUGGUCACUGCUGCCUUUUACUGGAACAUGUAUUGUUCUGUUCUUCUCAUAGCUUGCAUCAGUGUGGACCGGCUCCUUGCUGUAGUUUAUCCCAUUGACUCUCUGGCUUGGAGGAGGCCAAGGAACACAAUCAUAGCCUGCGUAACCAUGUGGGUAUUAUCCUUUGCUGGCUCGGUGCCCCUCGUCACCUCCGACCAGACUUUUCACCUCAGUGAGCUGAACAUCACCACCUGCCAUGAUGUCCAGUCCCAACAAAAUAUCAUCUGGCUGAAGAUCUACUUCCUCAUCCUCUGCUGCGUCCUCUUCUUCCUCCCUCUGCUCAUCACAGUGGUGUCCUACACUCGAGUCAUCUGGUCGCUGAGCAGCAUCCAGCACAGGCUUCCUGGAAGCUCACGCAAAAGGACAAGAGCAACGGUGAUGGUUUUGACAGUGCUGGUGAUAUUUGUGCUGUGUUUCAUGCCCACAAACUGUUUCCUGCUUGCUCACUACCUGCAAUUUAACGAGGGACUCAAGAAAAGCCGGGAGGCACCUGAUACCUCCUACGCACUCUAUCUGGUGUUUCUGUGUUUGGGAAGUCUGAACUGCCUCCUGGACCCCCUGCUCUACUACUUUGGAUCCUCCCAGUGCCAGAAACAACUAUCCAAUGUGCUGAAGUGUCAUAAGGCUACAAAGAGCAAUUAUAUCACCCAUUCGUCAUUGGAUUCAUGCAGAUCCAGCACCAGACCAAUGCUGAAAUCCAGCUGUACACAAAGUUCCAAAAUCAGCUCUUCGUUUAAAGUGGACUCUUAAAACUACUCCUCUAACUCUCACCGAGAUGACAUUUUUAACUGAUUCUGAACUUUGAUUUUUUUUUUCUUCAAAGUUAUGAAACAAUAGCUAAUAUAUAGGGUUUACAGUAGCUCUCUGUGGAUAUCUUUCUUUUCCAGUCAGAAUGAAUGGGUGGUAACUGAACCCAUCAUAUCAACAGAAGCAUUUUGGUCCUGGUUUCAUAACUACAGAUGGCCGAUGACACAUCUGCAGUUGCGCCCUUUGAAUGAUGAAGGGAGUUGAGUUUAGAUAAGACUCUGCUUGUCAGAGCAACACUUCAUGCACUGAAAUAUUUCUGCUUUUGCACUGCAUGUAUAAAGGCUUACUGUAUGUAAGUAUUUAAUGUAGGAGUCUGUUUUGUGCAUGCUUGCUGAGCUUAUUUUCAAGUGUUUAUUGUAGCACCAGUGAACAGCUGUUGCUCAUGUCUUUUUUUAUGUGGCACUUUUAUUUUCAUUUUUUACUGCAUUUUGUCACUGAAUAAAUAUUUUGACUCACACUAUGAUCACAUUUUAAUAGUCUAUGAUUUUAAAGCAGAAAAAGAAACAACUACAUCAUUGUUUGCUUCAUGCUGCCCUCUCCUGGUGACAAGUGUGUAUUGCCUAAUUUCUAGUCUUUUAAAGGCAUCCGUUCACAGAAAUUGAACCAAUGUCCUUUUUUCUCCUGUAAGUAGUGUUGUAUUGCUCUACCAGUCCAACCCAUUAAAGUGUCUUGUUUGUA